CAUGACUCAAGACAUGAGUGAAGAACUUGGUAAGUCGCGCUGGGCCCCCCAGAGCUCCGACAAGCCAUCCAGUGUAAGCUCCACCAUUACCACUACUCAUCAUCAGCAGCCUUGUGGCCAUGGUGGGACCAAGAAUCGCCAUGGCAAAAAGUCUCACAAAUCCAAGCCUACCCGGCCACCCCAGCCCGCCGUCACUGCAACCACCACGACCACCACCACUACUACCAUCACGGCCACAGCCAGCAGCACUCCCAACGGGGCGUCAACUGCACCCAACACGAACCCCAAAAUCUGGAGCCCAUCCCCGCGCCCUGCCCUCAGCAACGGCACGGCUCUCACGAGCACGAGCCCAACCCAACAACAACAGCAGCAGCAGCAACGAGCGGCAAGACUCCCGCGGGUGGUCGGAGGAGUGAGCUCCUCGCUCGGCGACGGAUGGGAGAAGAUCCCAACCCACCGCGAGCCAACGCCGGAGCCGUCCUCCUCCGCGCACAGCCUGCGCUCUGAACCCCAGUCCCCGACGACGAAGCAGAAGAAAAGACCGAUCCCGCCGUCCAUCGCCGACGCCGUCGAGGCCCUCUCGCGGUACCGCAAGAUCCGCCGCCGCCUGGAGUGGAAACUGCGACACCUGGUCGACGGGUUCAAGCAGGCCACGAACCGCGACCAACCCGCUCCGGAGCAGCUGUACGCGGAGCAGAUGUUCAAGCUGGACUUCCACGAGUACUACGGCCUGCUGGAGCGGGCGCUCGUGUACCUGAUGCUGGUGUGGAACAUCCACGUGUCGCGGGCGCACCCGUCCACCAAGAUCAGCUGGGCGGACGAGAUGAACGGUGGCGGUUCCGGAACCCACCGCUACCACGCCAACGUCCUCGAGGCCCUCCGCGACCUCGACAGCCCGUACUUCGAGGUGCUGGGCUCCGGCGACCGCUUCGCCCACCUGCAGAGGGCCAAGGAGCUGCGCAACCGCUGGAAGUAUGCCGACAUGGACCCCGAGGAGCGCGAGCGCGACCCCCAGACCUGGCGCGCGGGCUACAAGGCCUGGAAGGACGCGCUGACCCCGCUCGAGAGCUACGAUUUCGAUACCAUCUUCGUCCAGAUCCUGCAGGGGCUAGUCGAGGCGGCGGACAUCGCCCAGCUGCGCGUCGAUGAGCUCGGGCGCGAGGCGGGCCAGGACGACGCGGCCGCCGCCGCCGCCGCGGGCGGGAGCGAGAGUGAUCCCGAUGAGUGGGACUUUUUGGUCGAUGCGAUGGAUUGGGAGGCUGUUUGAGCGAGGGGGUGAUUUUUUCGGUGCACCUUCAGUUUGUUAAAUAUCACUAUGAUCCGCAAUUCCUUGUGGAGUCCUUGUUUAUAAUGUUUUCUUUAGCGCUGGCGGGAUCCGGAUACCCUCGACACCAAGCAUUUUGCCCUGUUUAUUGCAUAUGUGAGAUACGAUCCUCGCUUUGGUUGUGUAUUUAUCUGUUAUUUAUCCCUCUCCCCACGGCUUUGUGUGCAGUGUCAUAUGGCAUAAGUUUGUACAUACUUUGUUUGGCGAUACAAUGUUCCGACUGGACUAUUCAGUUGCGGGACUUUCUACUAGGAGACCAUUCGAUUUGCUGCCUGAUAGUCAAUGCGAUGCCACAGAGCAAGCAUUGCCUAUCUUGCAAUCGGGGGACUUUCAUACACCCCAGGUCUCCAUUUUUGCAUUUUACUACACUGAUUUCUUGGAUUCCUUAUCCCAAUUCUUUUUCCUUUGCCGAUAAUGACCUUGUCCAAUCCAAC